AUGCCGAAGAAAAAGAACAAGAAACGGGUUCUUGAGGAAGAACCGAAGUUGACUCAUGAUCAGUACAGGCAGAAAAUAGCUGAUAGGGAAGCAAUUCUACUCGAGCUUCGGAACACUCUUGAACAGGAAGAAUUGACGAUAAAGGAUGCGAAAUCGAAGCUCAAGGAAGUUCUCGAGCAGCGAGAAGAAAUAGAAACCCUACUGACGAAUCAAAUCAUCAAAAAAGAAGACUUCAUCGACUCGGCCGUCGAUACUCAUGAAGAAAUCGAGGAAAAAAGAGAAGGCGAGGAAAAUAAGCUCAAUCAACGACAAGAGGAUGAAAACAAGGAUCAAGGAAUUGAACUGGGCGGGAUGAAGCAAGAAACAAUGAGACUGAAGCAGUCGAGAAAUCAUAUUUAUCCCUUGGCUUUGGAACGAAAAAAGCUGCAAACAGCAAUCUUCGAUCAGCAGAAACUCCUGAAAGACAACACAAUUCUCUUCAGAGACACCCUUUAUGAUACAGAUAAAAAUAAACUCAUCGGAUUUCAUGCAAAAAAAGCAGAACUUGGAAAUAAAAUUGGUGAUUUGGUCGUUAAAUUUCGAAAAGUUUCAAAACUUCAGCUUGAACGAACUAACCAAGUCGUUGUUCGAGAAAACGCGGUUCUUUCAAAGAAACUGCUCAAAAUUGACCCGAAAGCUCGGGUUUCUCUGACAAAAGCGAUGAGUCUCAAAAAUCAGUUUCAAGAGUACCAGUGCUUAGCCAGGACUUAUCAAGAUAUGAGGCUGCCUAAGACGGAAACGGUCGUUGAUGGCACUAUUCAGAUGCUGUCAAAAGAAAACAGCGAAAAACGAAGAAUCAUCCAAGGCUUGGUGAAUAAAUAUCGCUCCUUGGAGGACGAAUUGGACGAACAGCAGUCCGAAAAAGAAUGUGACCUUGACACUAUCCAUAGAAUCCGCGAACUAGAGCGGGCUCUAACUGCUCAUCGGGUUCAAACGACAAGACUGAAAUCGACAAUUCAGCAAAGUGAAGAAGACAUAAAACUGGCAAUUCAAAUCAAGCAAAAGCUCAAAAACGCUUCCACCAAUUUCAAGUCUGUUUGCAAAAUGCUGAUCGAAGAUGCGAAAUUAGCGGAGCCGAGGAUACGAAAAAGACUGCGCUAG